UGCGGAGAGGCGGAGAAACGGACGGCGCUCGCGGUUUGUCCGGCUCCGUUCGCAGUGAAAGGAGUCGCCACGACGAGAACAUGUUAGAUUCCCAUUUAGCUCCUGGAUGGGACACACAUUUCACCGCCGGUGGCCAACAAGAGGACGUAUUUUCUUAGAUGUGUCAGCGAGAUAGGUUUAUUAAAAUAUUCAUGUUGGAUGUGUCGUGUGAUGGAAAGAGAAGUCGUACCCGUACUUUGGCUAGGCUAGUCUGUUAGCAUUACUUUUUCGAAAGUGAUACGAAGUGAAAUUAUGUUAUUGCUUUUAGUCAGUGUGUGCGUAACGACACUAGACUAGUUAAUUAUUAUUCAUUAUUGUGCAUAAUUUCCUCUCAGGCGGGUCAGCUUGCAGCCUCAGAACUGAGAGAGAAGCUGCAAAAACGUGAAGUCGAAGGUGCCGGACCCCACGGUUCGUUUGGCUCGCGCUGCCGUUUUCCGUGUUGUUGUUGCUGCCGUUGUUUUCCGUGAAAUAAAAAAAAAAAAAAAAAAAAAAAAAAAGUGCGAAUGGAGACCAGACAGGAGUCGAGACCACUGCUGCAAACAGAGGAGCUUGGAGGAGCUGCAGGACACAAGUCGGAACAGGACGCCUACCUGGACAAGGUCCAAAAUAAGAAGCUGUACUUAGCCACCUUCGCAGCAGUGCUGGGUCCCCUGAGCUUUGGGUUUGUCCUAGGCUACAGCUCCCCGGCCAUCCCCAACCUGAGCAAAAUCAGUGAUCUACGUCUUCGACUGGACCCCACAGAGGCCUCCUGGUUUGGGUCUGUGGUGACGAACAUUUGGAUGCUGUACCUUGGUAGAGUGCUGACUGGACUGGCCAGUGGUGUGACCUCACUCGCAGCACCUCUGUAUAUCUCAGAGACAUCCCAUCAGCGCAUUCGAGGAACCUUGGGCUCCUGUGUACAGCUGAUGGUGGUGCUGGGAAUCAUGGGUGCUUACAUAGCAGGUCUGGUGCUGGACUGGCGUUGGUUAGCAGUGACCUGCUCAGUCCCACCUACAGCCAUGUUGCUCUUCAUGUGCUUCAUGCCAGAAACGCCACGGUUCCUGCUGUCACAGGGUAAACGGCGGGAGGCUGAAGAGGCACUACGCUUCCUUAGGGGCCCAGAGGCUCCGGCAGAGUGGGAGUGCGCCCAGAUAGAGGGCGCGUCCUUGGAGCAGGACAGUCACUUCCAGCUGUCAGACCUCCGAGACCCUGGAAUCUACAAGCCUCUUGCAGUGGGCAUUCUGAUGAUGCUCUUCCAGCAGUUCACUGGCAUCAAUGCCAUAAUGUUCUAUGCUGAGACCAUCUUUGAGGUUGCUCAUUUUAAGAAUGGCGAUGUCGCAUCGGUGAUAGUGGCAGCAUUCCAGGUGAUCUUCACAGCUCUGGCAGCGGUGAUUAUGGACCGAGCCGGAAGGAAAGUCCUGCUUGUGGUGUCAGGAGUUGCCAUGGCAGUCAGUACAGCAGUGUUUGGUGUGUACUUCAGGCUGAGCAGCCCAACCCCCACCAACUCUUCUGGCCUUGAGUUUGGGUCCCUGGAACCAGCACUGAAGGACACCCAGUUGGACUUGUCAUGGCUUGCUUUGGCUUGCAUGGGCCUCUUCAUUGCCGGCUUUGCUGUGGGCUGGGGCCCUACUCCUUGGCUGGUGAUGUCAGAGAUUUUUCCCACGCCUGUGCGGGGGUUGGCCAGUGCUGUCUGUGUUCUGACUAACUGGAGCACAGCUUUCCUUGUCACCAAGACAUUUCAGGAUCUCAUGAACCUUCUGAGCAGCGCUGGGACGUUUUGGCUGUUUUCAGUACUCUGUGCCCUCAACAUAGUUUUCACUGUCUUCUGUGUCCCAGAGACCAAAGGCAAAACCCUGGAGCAGAUCCAGGCUCAUUUCAAAGGGACAGGAUAGAUUCCUUCUCUUCCACAUAGCCUAAUUCAGAACAAAAGAGACCUCAUUCCCACCUUGGAACAAUAGGUUUUUUACCAAGGUUGUUCUAUCAUUCUUACUGGUACUUGUGUUUAAUUUUGUGGUUUUCCCACUUGCAGCCAUCUUCAGUUGCAGUUCCAUAGGUAUAAUGGGAAUUCUUUGGCCUUUCUGGCCUGUCUGCUGGCCACUGUCUGCUGACCUCAUGUCAGUGUCGGACCUCUCUAGAAUUUAUUUCAGUGGGCUUAUGCAUCCUUGAAAUGGGCUUAAGUCCUAGGUUCCUGAACUCUGGAUCCAUUGGUUUUGCCUCAAAUAUUGUAGGUCAUCAGAACACCUCAGAAUUGUCGAGGGUCUGAAAAUAAUACAAGUGCCUUGUGAGACAGGUGGGUGUGUUCCUAUGAAGCCAGACCAGCACUCCUCGGUGGUGGGGGGACCAGAGAUUUUUUUUGACAUUGAUGAUCCUCAAAUGAUUGUCUGCAGUAGAAACAGUUUUUGGGGCAAUAUUUACGCAGUUUGAAUUAUACUGUAAUCCCACACAACAAAAUAAAUUUGACGUUUGUGUGUUCUUUGAA